ACCAAUCCUGAUUAUGAGCGACAACGGAAGGAAUUUUGUCGGGGCCAGACGUGAAAUAGCAGAACUUCAACGACUACUCCGAAGCCAACAAUUUCAAACCGGAGUGAUAUUCGAAACCUGCAAGGAAGGGAUCAACUUCAAAUUCAUUCCCGCUCGAUCUCCCAACUUUGGUGGGCUCUGGGAGGCCGCGGUGAAAUCUUUCAAGACUGCUUUUAAACGAACUGUUGCCUUGAAAGUGCUUCAGUACGACGAAAUGACCACUACGCUAGCCCAAAUAGAAGCAGUGUUAAACUCACGUCCCCUGACCCCGUUGAGCGAUGAUCCAGAUGAUUUUGAAGCUCUCACCCCAGGCCACUUCUUAAUUCAACGUGCCUUAACUGCCCUCGAUGAACCUGAUCUAACUGAGACGCCAGAAAAUCAUCUUACCAUGUGGCAAAGGGCCACAAAAUAUGCUCAGGUUAUAUGGAAGAAGUGGUCGAAAUUGUACCUGUCCGACCUCCACAACAGAACGAAAUGGACUCGAAAGCGAAACAACAUUUCGGUGGGCAGCAUGGUGCUGCUGAUGGACGAGAGGUUACCGUCAUUGAAGUGGCCCCUAGCGCGUGUCACUGAAGUUUUCCAUGGGUCCGAUGGCAACAUUCGAGUGGUCAACGUACGGACGCAGGAAGGGACCUACGGAAGGUCAAUAUCAAAGAUCUGCGUUUUACCGAUUCUGGACAACUUCCAGAACGCCGAUGGGGAGAACUAAACUCCCCCAACGAAGGUGCAACCGCACCUGCGGGAGUCUCUGGGCUCCCGCGUUCCAGUUAACAUUGAUCGUCGUCGAGGCCCGGCGUGGCCGGGUCAGCGUCCCAGAAGGUCCCCCGUCUGCUCGAUAUAUCCUCUACAAGGCUUUCCCUCCGGUGAAAGAAUACGCAUGAAGAUGUCUUGGAAUGUGCAUGUCGUCUAGUCGUGUCUGUCAAAAUUAUCAACAACCAGCAACGUAUUUUCCAUUAGCCCUUUGCGCAAUUUAAUAAAUUUAUUUUCGAGGAGUGAGCAGCUUGAUAUAAACCAAAUGAUGCCCAGCAAGGAGGACUGAUCUACCUCCAUGCGCGACUGAAGCAGUUUCUUAGCAUGGCCAGCUUGAGAACCACUUCAUCCAACUACAAGGCAGAUAGAUCACGGUCGAGCAAGCCGUGUCCACCAAGCAGCCCACUUCCAUGGAAUGAGGACGGCGUCAUCGCCGUAGGGGCGGUCGCGGAGGCCAUGGCUCCAUGGCCUCCGCUCCAGGCAAGUUGUUGUAACGUUCACCAUUUCAAUGUAAAAAAGCACCCUCUCAUUUUAAGCGGCGAAUGAUGGUUCCUGCCGGACUCCGGCAACGCGAGACGAGACGA